AUGCUUCGAUUGGUGGCAUUCCUACUUGGCAUUCUACCACUUUCACAACCUCUUGUCUGCUACGAAAAUGAUGCCAAUGGUGACGUCAAAGAAGUGUACAAUGAGGAAUGGACUUAUUGUGCCCUCAUUCCCGAAACGGAGCGAGCUGAAGGAAGGGUCUUCGGCAUUGGACAAGAUGUCGAAAGUUUGAGCGGCUAUGACAGUACGUUCAAUCAAUCCGACGCUCUUUAUAAGGUUCUCACUGUCUGCAUAUACGAGAAGUACGACCUCGCCAAAGUAUCGCCACGAUUUGGACGUCCAGAAUUCCUAUUCCGAUGUGUCUGCAAUUACGACCGAUGCAAUUCGCACAACACUUUCCAGGGUUAUCUAUACGGUGUCCAGCAGGACAAUCAAUGA